AUGCGCAUACUUCAGACAAGGUUCGCUAGUGCUCGCAAAGGCAAGGGUGAAAACUCGGGACCCAAGGUAGUGGUGACAAUUGAUGAUGAUGACAAUGGAAGUGACAAAGAUGAUGCUGUAGAAACUGGGAUUAGCAUCCACAAGCAAGAGAGCAUUCACGACACAAGUGGUAUGGAUGAGGACCUUGACGAAGACCAUUAUUACAGCCGUGAUGAAGACACAUACCUGGAUCCCGAUACUCACUUGGAGAAAUCGGAUGCCUCAGACAUGCCUCCCGAACUCGUUAGUGACUGUUGCUCAUCGGAGGCUAGCCUUGGCCUUCCUGUUGCUGUCAAUGACACCACGCAGGUUGCUAGCAAGUCCAUCAAUGAGCUUCUUUUGCUUUGCCAUAGGUUCAAUGGCUAUGUGACAUUCCAAGGCGCUCUUGUGUAUCCAAAGACGGUUGUGGUCUUGAGAAAAUUCAUGGACAAAUAUGGGAGCUUCAUAGAGAUUAUUGGAAUCACCUCUUCUUUCUCAAGGAGUGCUACCUUCCAAGCCAUUGGCUUGGUGCUUCACGGGAUAGACACCAUGCAGCUCCUAGAUAUCACUGAUCAUAGAUUGAUUUGUUGGCGAGACACGAUUUGUGAGGCCAUAACUCUGGGAUUUCAUGUGGAUUUCUUCCUCAAUUUAGUGAGGAACUUAGCACGUGCCAUUCAUAGGAUGAAAUCAUCGCUUGGUUUCGAUAAGGUAAAACCCGCAACCGACGCUUUGAACAUUAAGCAGCGAGAGUUAGAGGACCAGCGCCGAGAAUUACAUGCCCUUCUUCUCACUAAAGGUGUUUCUGCUGAUAGCGCUGAAUGCAUGGCGGAAGCAACAACCAGAUCGUCUCCUAGGGCUUCCUUAGUUCUUUUCGGGCAUUCUUCAUAG